AACCGUGGCCCUCAGAUUCACACGCUCGGUCCUAAGAAAUCCAAUCCCAUAAGCACAGAGAAGCUCUUGUUGUUGCGCUCUCCAGUUCUCUGAUCGAAAGAAGAUGUCUUCCUGCGGUGGAAACUGUGGCUGUGGCCCUAGCUGCAACUGUGGCAGCGGAUGCAGGAGGAACCCAGGCUUGGGUCUCUCAGAGACCACCACCACCACCACCUCUCAGACCAUCAUUGCUGGGGUUGCUCCUGUGAAAACUGAGAUGCCGGAGAAGAGCACCGAGGGAGGGCACGCCUGCAAGUGCGGAUCAAACUGCCAGUGCGAUCCAUGCAACUGUUGAUCGGCUCCGAAACGAAAAAAAGCGCUUAAAUGUUGAAGUCUAUUGUGUCUGUAAGCGCGCGUGUAUGGAGUGGUUUUCGUGUAGAAGACUAUAGUGACCCUGUGUGGUGAAUAAUGCAGACCUGGGUAUUGGUCAUACGCAUCCUUCUCUCCUGAACUUGGGUGUGCUUAUGAUGAUGAAUCCCAGGCCAGGCAACCUGUUUGUGAUGUUCUGUGUAUGAAAAGUUGAAUGGAUUUGGAUGGAUUGUGAAUC